GUUGCUGUUACUUAGGGCAAGCGAGAAUCAGGGCACGUUCUGAAUCUAUCGAAUUCCACGCCAGUGCCAUCUCAGGUCUUCAGGAAGUCUCAUAGCUUCUCUGGGGGUUCAUAAAUAGAGCAUCAGCCACCUUCUCCAUGCUUGCCAUUCCCUCCUCCCAUACCAACCAACAUGUCCAUAUUGAGGGCAGUAUUGAGCUGCGUCCAGGCUACAUGUUACCAGAUUGCUAGUACGCCUCCGAACAAGACGCCGCCAAAGGGUCGAUUUGAUGGGAGGUGGUACAGUCGGAUUUCACCUUUGAUAUUCACGAUUCAGCAGCCAAUGGCAUGGCUUUGCACGUCCGCAGACGUCGCCCUUGUUCUCGCUCAGCAAAAUGUGCUUCCACUUCCCGCGUAUCUUUCCAACCUCAUCCUCACAGUGAUCUGCCCGUCAAGCAAAAUAUCACCACUUCAUGCUGCGACAAUUUCUACGCGCCUGACAGGGCCAAACAUUCAUACGACGCCACUCUUCUUCCUCGGUGUUUUCUUUACAAUCCUCGGCAUGUCCAUAAGGCUUUCUUGCUACCGCGCCCUCGGAACUUUCUUUACCUUCGAUCUCACCAUCAUGCCUUCCCACAAGCUCAUCACAUCGGGACCCUACGCUAUCGUCCGACAUCCCGCCUAUAUAGGCUCCCUUUGUGCCAUACUGGGCCUAUGUAUCACGAACCUUACUCCAGGUGGAUGGAUAGUAGAGUGCGAUGUGCUUGGACGCGGGCUGUUCGGUCUAGCGACGCGGGCAACAUUCUUCGUGGCUUUGUAUGGUUGGUGGAUUGCCGUCGGUAUCUAUAGAGCGCAGAUAGAGGAUGGAGAGCUAAGGAAGCUCUUCGGAAAGGAGUGGGAUCAGUAUGCAGCAGCAGUUCCGUAUUGGUUUGUACCUGGGAUCUUGUGAAAUGGGCUGAAUCGUAUUAUUAUUUUCGUUUCAUAACAUAUUCCAGGUUGUUAUAGGAGUUCGAUACCCGGGUAAUGUAUGUCGUAGCAGAGUCUAGUUCAAAAGAGAUGCUGUUUAUUAAAUCCCGAUAUGUAUG